AUGUCACAUCAUCAAACCUUGCGGCUGAAUGCCAUACCGGGCGAGAUCCUCGAUGAGAUUUGUGACUAUCUCAACAAAAAGGAGCUUAAAGCACUGCGACUAUCGACCAAGAGAAUAUCCUCCGUCGCAACCACGCAUCUAGCGAAAGACUACAUGUUUAAUCUUUGCUCUUUGAUGACCCGCCGAAGUCUGGAAAAACUGGCCGAGAUUUGUGCGCAUCCUCAGUUUGGACCUCACGUGCGGAAGGUACAUCUUUCGUCUGGCCGCGUCCACCCCCGAGAGAUGCGGGCACUUAUCGAAAGAGUCGAAGACAUGCAACGGCGUAUCCCUCCACCAACUUCAGCUCAGGUCAAGCGGGCGAAAGCGAAAAUGCAAGAUGCCAUGAACAGAUCUACGAAAGAGUAUGAACUCGAGAUCUCAGGAGACGCAGUCGCGUUACUUUCCCGUACCUUUGCUUCUCUUCGCAGUUAUCAGACGCCCAUCAUUCUGGAUAUCUCGGACUUUGAGGUACCGCGAUGGGACCCAGUAACUUUGUUCCUCGACAGGUAUAACCACUUCCAUGGAGAACCGGAGCUUUGUUUCAAAUCAACCAUGGAGCCUUGCCUUCAAGCAAUCUUCAACACCAAGAUGCAGUUUACCGAGCUUGAAUUGACUGUUGAUGCUCUGUCAAUUGAUCCGGACGAAAGGGGAUAUGAUACAGGUGGUAUGCGACCAGAAGACCUUGAGCUUUUGUCUAGCCUCAGAUCUGUAUCUCUCGACUUUAACAAUACUUUCAAUGAUGCUGGCACUCAUUCUACCAAGCAUAUAUUAUCUUAUGCUCAUUCACUCGAAGAUUUGACGUACAGACAAGGAUGUGAUGAUCUUGACCGCGACGACUGGCUCACACCAGAACAACAACCACAGCUCUUGACAAACCGGCAAUUUGAACGUGCCGACAUUGUUCUGGGAUCCACAAAUUCAAACGGACUGAAAUCACUUUGGCUGGAGUACACGCCAAUAUCGUACCAUGUCCUCGCUCAGCUGUUGGGAAAGCACGCAGAUACUUUGACUAGUAUACGUGUUGCCCACACAUGUAUACGCGACGGCACCUGGGCUGAGCUUNUUUCACUUGUGCAAAAGAACUGUCGAUUUGUGACCAACCUUGAUACCAUAAACUUGAGCCAAGCCAGACCGGAUCUAAGGAACGGUGAUUUUCGUCCUCUGCUUUUGCCCGAGGAAUGGACGCUUGAGUCAAGUGCUGGACGCACAGGAGUGAACGAAGUUUUGGAUAAGCUUGUUCUGGCUCCGUCACUAGAGGUCUUGGACAUAAUGGAUAGACGAGCGCGAGCACAGAAUAUCGACGUCGACAUAUCAGAACUGGCUCCAUGA